AGCAAAUGGAGAGCUCACCUCUGACACUCACCCCAAAGCACCAGCACGUACCCCCUUCCCACAAGAACCAGCCUCAUCAGAUGGGCCAGACCCCUGAUGGAUGAAGGACGAGCUUUGCUACCUUGAUCCAUGACUGAGUAACUCAGAUUAGAGAGGAGUCCAUGAGUUUAGGAGGGAGAAGCAGAAGGAAUUUGCCUUCAGAGCUGGCUUUGUGGCAUAGCUCACCAGCAUCUCAGAAGCCGUAUGAAACAGGCCAAGUUUAACCUGGGCAAAAAGCACCUUUGUAGAUCUCCAGGAAACUGCUCCCACGUGCCCCCAUCUUCCUAGGAGCAUGUUUAACCCCACAGCUGCCAUGGCACUCUCACUUAAAGGCUCCUGAAAGGCUCUGAAAAAGCAGAACCUAGGAAGUCAGCUGGAAUGCAGGAUGAGAUGCCUCAAGGCCAAGAGGCAGUAAGCACCUGCAUGAUGUCUGAGCAGCUCACAGGCUGCCCUGGACAAAGGCUGUAAUUGGUGCCAUCAGCUCAGUUGAGCAGUCUUAGCUGAGAUCUUUGAGUCAAACUGCACAUAAACCCCUCAACCAAAAUUCACCAAACUAAUCAACACCAAACCCUCUCUGCUCCCAGUGCAGCAUUUUCCACACUUGCAUCCUCUGCACAUAGCAUGUCCCUUGCCAGGAACAAGUAAGGACAGAGUUCGGUCUCUUCCUCUCUCAGGAAGGUAACAAUCAAAGCACUGCUCCAAAUUUGCAUUUUGCAACCCUGACUUUUGCAAAACAGUAAAUCUUACCAGCCAACUUGAAAAGCCUCCAAAUGGUUUCAUCGCCUGGAGCUACUCUGCUAGAAUAGCUGCCCUGGCAACAUCUCCAUCCUCUGUCCUUCACCCCUCCAGUACUUGAGAUGCUGAACUUUGCAGAGCCAAAGUUGGGAGCACGCAACGGUGUUACUCGAUAGCCACUCCUCAGGCUAAUUUUAGGUGGUGGAACUUUUCAUGCUUUCAGAAAGUCCCUCUAUUUAAUUUUGAGAAACCUAUCGUACUUAGUGGCUACCAUAAACAUUUUUCUAUCUGAUGCUUUAAACUUACCUACAGGGCUCUAGAAGUCACAAGCAACCAGCACCUGACACGAUCUCAAAGGAACAAUCUCCUGUUAAUUUUGUAAACCGGACUGAGUAACAUGAUGCUCCCAACAUGCAAAUGAUUUCAGAUGGAAACAAAUUACACAUCAGAAAUGACAAUGCUGAUAACAGUAUCAUCCUCCACCCAGUCUGUUUCCCAGAACCACCCCCUUUCUCCCCCUCCCACCCUACCAAAGCCUGGGAAGGACAACCUGCGGCUGCAGCGGCUGCUGAAGAAGGCAGCCAGGAAGAACGCCAUCCUCACCUCAGAGCAGGGCAAGUCCUUCCGCUCCAGCCUUUCACCUGUGAACGAAGCCAGCCCCGACCAAGAGUGUGCUGAGAGUGCUGCCCCAGCAGAGCCCCCUGAAACCACAGCACCCCCCUCUGCCCCCCUGCCAACCCACCUCUCCAUCAGGCCCGUCAGCCACCGUGCCCCCUCCCCUUUCCGAAAGGGGAAGCCUUUCGCACUGAAGGUCACCGAGCAGCGGCGCAUCGCUGAACAUGUCAAGCUCACAGCCUCCUCAGCCAUGCCCCUGCUACAGAAGCCAGGAGCACCUGAGACUCCACAGCAGCCUCAAGGCAUGGGUUCCCACCUUCCCUCUCCAACUGACCCUUCAUUGUCUGUUCUCCCCCAGCCUCCUCCUGCCAGUACACCCAGUACAGAACAGGCACCAGGGGUUACCUAUGUCACCAGGGUGAACACUUAUUUCCACAGCGUCAAGCCCCCCAGGGCUAAGACUCCCACACCAAACCCAACCCAAGGAGCUGUCAACCACGAAGACAAAAGGCCUACCUCCCCAGCAUGUCAAACAAGCAGCUCUGAACCAUCUCCAGAGCAGACACCCACCUCACUUAAAGACAGCAAGGUCACUCCCCCCUUGCCAAAACCUCCCCUCCUUCCUGCCGCAGAAACAGAGCCUCCUGAUCAAGCUCCCAGACCUGUUCCUACUGAGGAGCCCAGCACCUCUGAUAUCCACAUCAAUACAACCCAUGGAAGUGACACUAAAAUAUCCAGAUCCACGACAGCUCCUGAAUUGCCCCAGCAAGACAGAGACGUGCUAAAACCAUCAACAUCCAGCGCUCCCUGGAGGCAAACACGCCCAGCGACGGCAACUCCAGCACAAACUGAUGGUACUGGGUCCACAUCCACAGACACCAAGGCAGAACACGUCCCUGAACCUCAGAUGACUCCCAGCUUACCCAACACUGGCUGUCUCCCCAAGGCUGAGCCAGCAUCAUCAUCAGUAGAAGCACCAAGACCUCCUGGGAGUGGUGCCAGUGGCUGGCAUCGCCUCAAGAAGCACUUGAUGGUGCAGCCAGAAGCAACUAACUUCCCAGAAUCUGAGCCAGAAAAGCUGGGACAGAAGGAAGGGAAUAAAGAGGAUGCUGCUCAAGCAGUCAUCAAGCAAGACUCCAUGCUGGUUAAAUCAAAAGCCAUGAGAAUGUGGGAUGCCAUUUUAUACCAGGUGACACUCACCAAGGAGAGGAAGCAGCAAGCAGAGGAGAAGAAGCCACAGAAGGAAGAAAGCGUCUUUCUUCCCCGCCGCUUGCCCAUCCUUCUACACAAGCCACGUUUUGAUGCCCGGAAACUGAAGGAACUGGCUGCCAAACCCAUGACAAAGAUCAGCACAGUGUUCGAGCUGAGCCGCUUUCGACCCAAAGGGGCCGAGGAGCACACCAAGAGCUUUAAUAGAACGGCAUCAGGGUGGUCGGUCAACUGAAGCCAGGCUGCUCCACCCCUCUGGACAUGCACCAACCAAGAGGACACCUGUGACCAAGUUUACUGCCCAGUGGAGCCAGGAGUAAGGAAAAAAAGGAAAUUAAAUAAAACCCCUCCAAGCCAGCAGCCCCAUGCUGCAGGUUUAAGGGUUACUCUCCAUACAUUCAAAAGCUCAAAUACAUAGCUACCACAUCCACAGGUCACAGGAAAACAAACAUGUUUGUUUUAAAAAGAGUCAACAACAAUCACUGGAUGAAGUAACAGAGUGAAGAGGACAAACUGCCUAUAGAAAAAAGACCAGUUUUGAGUAGGAUAAUGGAAUCUGAAUUUUUUUUGCAUUUAUCUAAGACAGAGAUAGAUCCUAGGAACAGCAGCAGUUGAACAAAAUGGAAACUCAUCCUUUUACCCAAGGCACAGAGAACAGACAGUAAGAUAUCCUGCUCUCACCAAGCAGUUCCUCUGCCUAACAAAAUGGGCAGCUUCUGACAACCUCCUAGGCCAGUCUACUAAACACUAAUGCACAGAAGAAUAAUUUUGUUUUGGUAAUCAAGUUCUGUUAUGUAUUUUACCAUGUUUUCACCACAAUAGCUGAUGGUUAAUGUUUCCACAAUAACCAACAAGACCUUGCUUUAGACCAUGGGAAUCCAAUUCUGUAUUUAACAAGGUGCUGGCUUCUGAGGGCUUCUGCUAACCCCAUGUAGUCUCAUUUUCAGGGCAAACAUCAUGACAGUUGCACACCUGCUUGUCCCCAGUAUCCUGAAAAAAGGGCAUUUAAAGGAAAAUCCCCAACUCUGCCCACCCAGAGACAACUGGGCUUUCCAGUAUUACCCUUUGCAACUCCACUGACAGCAGGCUUGUGAGCAUGGAAGUUGGGAGAUAGGUUAUUUCAGUUUCACAAGGAACUUGGUCAUAUGCUGGGGUGUUCCUAUACAGCUAAUAUAGGAUUGCUAUGUUUAGGCCAAAUACAGUAUGAAGAGCUGUGUACAGUGCUUCCUUUUUCAUGUGCAGAGGAUAUGGAACUGGCCAGCAGUUCCUCAAGCCAAACUGCAAACAGACUUAGAAACAAAACAAAGAACCUCUUUUGCCUUUUUUAAAGUCUUCCUAUCCUGCAGUGAUGUUGUAAGAACAGUUCAUUUACCAAAUCAUCUGAAGUUUUCACUUUACUGGUCUUAUCUAUAUUCCGUAAGCCCUUUGCUAGUCAAAGGGCAACAACCAAAUAGGAAGAAUAUUAUCUUAACAAUCUAAAGUGGGGAUUUUUUCUUCAAACCCCCAGUUUUCAAAGAAAGAAGUAAAAAAAGGUUGGAAAUGUGCCAGUAAUCACAAGUGAAUCCUAGGUAAGCCUCACCAGGAUAAUUUAACAUUGCUGCAAGAGAAGGCUACAGAGAAACAUCCACACAGCAGCACAAAAAAAGAUUUGAAGAGUGCAGUGUAAAACACCUGAUGCAGAUAAAGGCAACCUUUCCAGAGAGUGCUAAGUGGUACCUUACUGCAGCCCAGCCAGGUGGAUGCCUCAGCACAAAGGUCUACAUGCACAAGAGCCACAGUACUGGCAUGAAGCAGAGCAGCCAACUUUGAUUGCGUUUGGGAGACUAGGUGAAGGUGGUUUAAGAAGCACUUGUGCUCUAAAACAGUUUUUGUCCUGCACCAAGGACAACCACCCAGAGCAAGCCAGCAACUCUCACCUAAGGCUUAGGUUUCACAUCUUCUAGGCUUCCAUUGACACCCCAGCCCCACUGCACAUGGAUGAAGGAUGGGGAAAUGCCACUGGGGAGAGCAAUUCCCACAAGCAGAAGAAAGGAGACAGAGGAAGGCAGGUCUGUGUGUAUGGUUUAGCCCUUUUACCCCAAAAGCAAAGGGCAGAGGCACAAAGCAAGCAUGGCAAGUCCUGCAGAGACAGACCCUGACACAAGAGUACCACAGACAGGAGGACAUGUCCCUAUAGGCAACAGAUUUCAGGCAAUGGCUGUUCACUGGAAGUCACUGUGGUGUGCUCCAGACUGAGCUGCUCUACUGAGGAAGAGAAGAAGAAUGCUACUGGGCACAGAAUUUGCCUAUUUUUCAAUGCCAAACAGCAUCAGGCUGUUGCUAAGAGCCCAAAUUGACACUUACAGAAAAACUCUUGUUCCAUAGCCUGCAGUGAGGUCCUGCAGCCCAGGAAGGGAAGGAAGGAGAAAAAAAAAAGCACACCUGUGUUUAAGCAACUAGAAAGCAGAUAAGGUGGUGUAAAGCAAGUGACAGGGGUGAGCCAGAAGGGUUUGGGAGUAAGGCCAUGACAGUGAUCCAGCAGUAAGGAAAAAGGAUGAACAUAGCUCAGGGGGUACAGAGGAGUUGGGGAGCAGGGAGCUCAGAGCAUACAAAACAGACAGCUAAGAACCUAAGAAAAGAAACAAGCCAAGCUCCUUCAGCUAUCACAGCCAUUUUGCUAUUCACAGUAGAAAAAACCCAAUACUUCCACGUGAAUAAACCCAGAGAAUGUUGUGCCAUGGCUGUUUGGAGUGCUGGCUGGAUCCUAGAGGACAUCCUGUGAUAGUGCACUGCCUUUCAAGAAAGGACGCUGGACAAAGACCAGAGCCAAAGACACUUUCAUUUGAGCUGCUUAGAGAAACUCAGGGCAAACAAAACCUGCUGACAACCUAGCAAAACCUAUUUGCUGUUGAGAACUGAAGCCCAGUAGGUUCCCACCUGGUGCACGGAGAAAGGAGACUGAUCAAAGGGGAAACCUUAGGUUUCUCAAAGUCAUGGGCAGAGAAGCAAGCUGAGGAUGCAAGUUCUGUGGACUGAAAACAUAGCUUCAGGCAGUCUUUGGCUUGUACUGGUGCCCAUCCCAAAGCAAGUUCAAAAGGGCACCUCCUCUAAAUGGGCACUACAAAAGGAAAAAAACUAGCCUAAACAAACAAAACAAUAUGCAAGACUCAGAAGCCAGCUCGUUAAGGGUGGGAGGGAGAGGAAAGAAGGAACACAGGCCCCAGAAGAAUUCAGAAACAAAAGGUGUUUUGUAAUCAGCAGAGCUAUUUUAACCUUGGCAAUGAAAUAAAGCUUCUUUUUUAU